GCGCGAUCCCUCCCUCCCCCUCUCCCUUACAAGAUCUAAUGAGCUCCCCCGGGAAGCCGAGCUGCGAACCCGGCCCGGAGCAGGGAGGCUGCGCCACAAGCACGGUGCCCGGGUGGCGUCUGGGCCUGAGAAGGCGACGGGAACCGGGCGGGGGCGCACCGGCCGCUCCGCCGCUUUCCAAGCCGCGGGAGAGACGCAGCGAUGGCGGUGCAGGCGGCGCUCCUCAGCACGCAUCCUUUCGUCCCCUUCGGCUUCGGGGGCUCCCCAGAUGGGUUGGGGGGCGCCUUCGGAGCCCUGGACAAGGGCUGCUGUUUCGAGGACGAUGAGACCGGGACGCCAGCGGGCGCGCUGCUGGCGGGCACCGAGGGCGGGGACGUGCGAGAGGCCACCCGCGAUCUGCUGAGCUUCAUCGACUCGGCGUCCAGCAACAUCAAGCUUGCGCUGGACAAGCCGGGCAAGUCGAAGCGGAAGGUGAACCACCGCAAGUACCUACAGAAGCAGAUCAAGCGCUGCAGCGGUCUUAUGGGCGCCACGUCCCCGGGCCCGUCCUCCCCGGGCGCAGCCGACACUCCGGCCAAGCGGGCGCUCGGCGCUCCCAACGCGCAGGCGGUCGCGGUGCCGGUGCACGGCAAGGCCGCCCCCCGGCGGGAUGCGGCGCAGGCGGCUGCGGCCGCCAGCCUGCAGAGCCGGAGCCUGGCCGCCCUCUUCGACUCACUGCGCCACAUCCCCGUGGCCGCCGAUUCCACCGGGGGUUCGGUGGCCGCGCCUACCGUGGGGCUCGGCGGGGCAGGUGCCGGGGGCGCGGUAGGGGACACCGCCGGCCCCGCGGGCGUUUCGGCGCUGCCCGGCUCCAGGAAGGUCCCGCUGCGUGCCCGCAACCUGCCCCCGUCCUUCUUCACCGAGCCCCGGGCGAGCGGAGGCGGGUGCGGCCCGUCGGGGCCCUGCCUGAGUUUGUGCGACCUGGAGAAGGGCUCCGAGAACCUGGAGCUCUUGGAACUGCUGGGGCCGGACUACGGCGCUGGCACCGAGGCGGGUGUCUUGCUCGCCGCGGAGCCGCUGGAUGUGUUUCCCACCGGAGCUACGGCCCUGAGGGGACCUCCGGAGAUGGAGCCCGGCCUCUUUGAGCCGCCCCCAGCGAUGGUGGGAAGCCUACUGUACCCCGAGACCUGGAGCGCCCCGGCCUGUCCCCCGACCAAGAAGCCGUCUCUGGCCACCCCCCGUGGCGGCUCGACCUUGACCGAGCCCUUGCGCCGCCUGUACCCAGCCACGAUGGACUCUCCGGGCGGAGAGGACGGGCCGGGCCUUCUGGCCUCUUUCUCCCCCUUCUUGUCAGACUGUGCGCUGCCCCCGCCGCCGACGCCCCACCAGGUGUCGUACGAGUACAGCGCGGGCUACGGCCGCGCGGUUUACUCCAGUCCUUGGAGGCCGGAGGGGGUUUGGGAAGGGGGCCCCGGGGAGGACGGAGCGCACCGGCACUGACGCGGGGCGUCCUCGCUCCCCUUACAGGCCGCUGUGGGGAGCGGCCCGCCGGGUCCCUCCUAAGUGCAAAGAACGAUUGGGAAAGCGCUCGCGGAGAAGAGACGGGAUUCAAAGUUUCAAUUGAUUAAAAAAAAAAACCAACAAAACGGAAAAAGAAAUGAAGAGGAGUUGGGGGUUGUUUUAAUCACUGUGGCAAGUGUUUUUUUUUUUGUUUGUUUGUUUUUUUUAAGCCGUUGGUAGGUUCUCCCUGGAACAGACGAGCCGAGAAACCAAGACGGGUGUGGGUGAUGGGGCGGGGAUGGCAGCGGGGGCGCGAGGUGGCUUCCGUGGCCACCUGCCUCCUCUCCAGCCUUUCAGCAAAAGGUCAGUGUAUGUUAGUGUAACUGACCCUUCCAAACGGUGCCCUGGUCCCUCCCCUUCUCUCCCCUUUGCGUCCAUCAUGAAUUAAAGCCUAUAUUGAAAA